AUGGUCAUGUUACGUUUAUUUUGUACUAAACCGAUCAAUUUGUCAACACUACGUUCCUUUAUUACUAGACAACCAACUAGGAGUUAUUCAUCCCUCACCAAAAAUGCCGCAAGUAAAAAACCAAUUCCAGUAUCGUCAAUCAAUCUAAGUAAAUUGAAACCAAGAUGGAUGCUUGUUGGAUGUGUAGGAUAUAUUGGAUGCAGAUAUUUACUCAACGGAAGUAACAUAGUCCAUUGUCAACAUAUAGAACUAGAACCAACAUCUGACAACCAUUUUGAUUGGAAUAAGUUAUUGUCUUAUUUGUCACCAGAUGUAUUUAAUUUAAUAGCGGCUAUUGCUACUGCAUUCAUUGUAGCUCUAUGCAAUUUAAGUAUUCCAAUCAACUUACAACAUGUUAUAAAUACUAUACUUCAGUUUGCUAGAGAUGGAGUACCAUUUGAUUUUAAAAAACUUAGCGACCCAUUAUUCAAACUGUUAGCGCUUUACAUAAUGCAGGGCCUGUCAACAUUUAUAUGUAUAAGCAUGCUGUCAAAAGUUGGAGAAAAUGUUGCUAUACGUAUGAAAUAUAAUCUUUUUUCAUCUAUACUUCAACAGGAGCUAGAAUUUUUUGAUAAAACUCGUACAGGAGAUAUUUUGCAAAGGUUAACAACUGAUGUACAAGAUUUUAAAAGUUCAUUUAAACUUGUAAUAAUACAAGGUCUUAAAAAUGCUACACAAUUAAUUGGUGGAGUAUAUGCUCUAUACAACACAUCACCAGAAAUGACUGGAGCUGUAGCUAUUAUUUUACCAACUAUUAUUGUUAUAGGCACAUUUCUUGGCUCUAUUUUGAGAAAACUUAGCAAACUGGCUCAAGAACAAGGUACUAAAUCAACAAUUAUAGCUGAAGAAGUGAUUGGAAAUAUGAGAACUGUUCGUGCCUUUGCAUCUGAAUCUACAGAAUGUGAAAGAUUUUUGACAGAAAUUGAAAAUAACGGAUUAUUGCAUAGGAAGUUAGGUUAUGGUAUUGGGCUCUUUCAAGCUAGUAGUAAUGUGUUCCUAAAUGGCAUUGUUUUGGGAACAAUAUUCCUCGGUGGACAACUUAUGACGACCAGCAGUCUUGAUCCUGGACAGCUUAUGUCUUUUCUCAUGGUUACCCAAAUGCUUCAACAUUCUUUAGGACAAUUUUCAUUAUUAUUUGGUCAUUAUGUAAAAGGUGUUGCUGCAGGGUCCAGAAUAUUUGAAUAUAUUAACAAGAGUCCUAAAACACUGAUUAACGAGGGCAUUCAGAUUCCACAUCAUUCUUUUAAACCAGAAAUUGAAUUUAAAGAUAUUACAUUUUCAUAUCCAACCAGACUGAACACGUAA